AAUCAUUGUGGAAAGACUUUCACACAAUCCACGCAUCUUACUUGCCAUCAGAGAAUCCACACUGGAGAGAAACCUUAUGAAUGUAAUCAAUGUGGAAAAGCUUUAACAAGCAGCUCCAGUCUUAGGUAUCAUGAGAAAACUCAUACAGGAGAGAAGCCUCAUGAAUGUAAUCAGUGUGGAAAGGUUUUCACACAAAAGAAUCUUCUUGCUGUACAUCAGGCUAUCCACACUGGACAGAAACCUUAUGAGUGUCAUCAGUGUGGAAAGGCUUUUAGAUACAGUUCUAGUCUUCGGUAUCAUGAAAAAAUUCACACAGGAGAGAAGCCUUAUGAAUGUAUUCAAUGUGGAAAAGUUUUUACACAGAAAAAUGUUCUUGCUGUACAUCAGAGAAUCCACACUGGAGAGAAACCUUAUGAAUGUAAUCAAUGUGGAAAGGCUUUCAGAAGCAUCCCCAGUCUUAGAUAUCACGAGAAAAUUCAUAUAGGAGAGAAACCUUAUGAAUGUCACCAGUGUGGAAAGGCUUUAACAAGCUACACCAGUCUUAGGUAUCAUGAGAAAAUUCAUAAAGGAGAGAAACCUUAUGAAUGUCAUCAGUGUGGAAAGGCUUUCAGAGGCAGCUAUGAUCUUAGUAAUCAUCAGAGAAUCCACACUGGGGAGAAACCUUAUGAAUGUAAUCAAUGUGGAAAAACUUUAACAAGAAAGUCCAGUCUUAGGUAUCAUGAGAAAAUUCAUAAAGGAGAGAAACCUUAUGAAUGUCAUCAGUGUGGAAAGGCUUUCAGAAGCAGCUAUGAUCUUAGUAAUCAUCAGAGAAUCCACACUGGAGAGAAGCCUUAUGAAUGUAAUCAAUGUGGUAAAGCUUUAACAAGCAGUUCCAGUCUUAGGUAUCAUGAGAAAAUCCAUAAAGGAGAGAAACCUUAUGAACUUAAUCAGUGUGGAAAGGAACUUGGAGCCGGAAGAGAAGGCAACAAAGCAGCGGGGUGUCACCCUCCGGGAUCCAAACUGAGCAACUGGGCAUGUGCGCCCCCCGGGCGCGGCUGGUCCCGCUUCCCGGCCGGCCCCGGCCCCGCCAGCCCAGCUCCAGAGUGUUCAGACGGACAUGCCGGGGGGGCUCCUGCCAAGGCGGCCCGCACAGGCUUCGGCUCUCCCCACUCCCCCCCCCACCUCUGGGGCUCCCCCAGCCUCGCGCUCUCCCUUCUUCCCGGCCCUCUGCCGCCCCUGCAGGACCCCCAGUCACUCCGUCAUUACCCCAUCCUAGGCCGCUCUGAACGGGAGGCUCGGCGGGGAACAGAGCGGGCCAAACUGCCCGGAAUGGAGGCCGCCCGGAUAGGCCGGAGGGGCUCCCGGGGCUCCAGCUAG